GAGGCAGAGAGGCAGGCGGAGAGUGAGAGGGGAAUAGGCUCCUUGCUAAGCAGAGAGCCCCAUGCGGGGCUGGAUUCCAGGACCCUGAGAUCAUGACCUGAGCCACCCAGGCGCCCCUAGAAACGGGAACUUCCAUAAAGACUCUUGUGUCUUGCUGACAUUAUCAAUUCCAGCCCUUGAUGUGACUGUGGCAAAGUCCAAGGCAUCUUGGCUGCUUCCAAAUUUUCACACUUAUGAAUAUAGCUACUCCAAACAGGCUUGGGCAGGCUUCUCAAUGUCCCAGGACCUCAGUUUUUAAAUCAACUAAUUUGUGUAAAUGCCAAGGAGCAACAUUGCUGGACCAUAGGGUUGUGUUCCAGCCAUCUUAAAUAUCAGGAGGUUUCUCAGUUACAUUCCAUGUUCUCUUCUCUUUGGGCAUAGAUGAACACAGUUCCCUUCAACUGGAGCCCUUCUGCCAUUUCAGCCCCACUGUUUUGUUCAGCUAACACAUCAUCAUGACUUCAUGUAUAAACCGAAGCCAAAGCUUCAGUUAGAGGAAGUUCUAACCAGAAUGUGAGUUUUUCUCGUUUUUUUCACAUUCUGGAGAUGAAAUUGCCAACUGAGUGAGCUAUUCUGUAAAAACUGAGCACAAAAUGCAUGAUGGCAAUCAACUGAAGAAAGACAGUGAAGCAGUGGAAUUGACAGACUCAAGUAAUCUGCAUCCAAGGAAGCAUUCUAUUACCAAUACUCUGAAUCGACUCUUGGUUUUAUGCAUAAUCAUAUUGCUUAUAAUUAUAGUGAUUGCAAUACUAGUGGGUUUGUUAGUAAUUGGUAGAAAAUUGCAUCGGAUAUCAUCAGAGUGUCUUGAAGCUGCAUGUCCAGAAAGCUGGAUUGGUUUCCAAAGAAAGUGUUUCUAUUUUUCUGAUGACUUCAAGAAUUGGACAUUCAGCCAGAGGUUUUGUGACUCACACGGUGCUGAUCUUGUUCAAGUUGAAACCAUCCAGGAACUGAAUUUCCUACUGAGGUAUAAAGGGCCUUAUGACCACUGGAUUGGGCUCAGCAGAGAACUAGGCCAACCAUGGAAAUUGAUAAAUGGCACUGAAUGGAGCAACUGUUUUCCAAUCAGAGGAGGAGGUGAAUGUGCCUAUUUGAAUGACAAAGGUGCCAGCAGUGCUAGGCAUUACACAGAGAGGAAGUGGAUCUGUUCCAAACCAGACACGUAUGUCCAGAUGCAGAGACAAAGCUCUAUCUGAUCUUCAUAUACUCAUCAUAACCUACCAGUAAAUUUUUAUUUCUCAUUUUGCAUAUUGGAAAGAAUAUUAUUUUAUUCUUUCCAAAUUUUUUAACGUGGUGAUUCUCUGUUACUUUGGGUUCUGGGUGGGGCACGGAGCCUACUUAAAUAAAACUAAAUCAAACCAAAGCAACACCCCCUCAAAAAAAAUCCAAACACAAAAAAUAAAGAGCAGCCCCCUCCAAAAAACCCUAAAAGACCAAAAUAUCUAUUUUUUUUUUGCCUUUUGCUUUUUUGAAAAAACCUAUUUUUGUAGAGAAAAAAAACUUAAAAAAGAUUCAAGCUCUUAAAAAGAGGACAGGACUAGAACCUAAAGUUCUUUGUAUAUAGUUGGCAUUUUAUCAUAAAGUGUAUAAAUUUUCUCUUAAAACUCUGUGUGGACAAAAAGUUUUCAUUCUAGAAUUACUUAUUGAAUAAGUAGAAACAGUUUUCUUUCUAUUUAAUUUCUUAAUCUUAUUACACUCUCAGAACAUUCUCUAAUGUUACUAAUAUUAUACUAUGUGUUAACUAGCUAGAAUUUAAAUAAAAACCUGAAACAAACAAACAAAAGAUGUAUAUAUAAAAAUAAAGGGUAAGUGUACCCUUAAUCCCCUUCACCUAUUUCACCCAACCUGCUGACCCACCUCCCCUAUUGUAAUAUCAGAUUUUUCCCUCCGUACCUAAGAGUCUAUUGCUUUCUCUCUUUUUUCCUUCUCAUUUGUUUCUUAAAUUCUACAUAUGAGUGAAAUAAAAUGGCAUUUGUCUUUCUCUGACAUAUUUUGCCUACAUGAUACUCUGUAGCUUCAUGCAUGUUGUUGCAAAUAGCAAGAUUUCAUUUUUUAUGGCUGAAUAAUAUUCCAUUUUAUAUACCACAUCUUUGUUUGUUUCAAGUUUUUAUUUAAAUUCUAGUUAGUUAACAUAUAGUAUAAUAUUGAUUUCAGGAGCAUAAUUCAAUGACCCAUCAUUUGUAUAUAACACCCAGUCUUCAUCACAGCAAGUGCCCACCAUUUGUUGAAGAAACUACCUCUUAUCCAUUGGAUAUUCUUUUCUGCUUUUUCAAAAAUUAGUUGACCAUAUAUUUGGAGGUCCAUUUCCGAGUUUUCUAUUCUCUUCCAUUGAUCCAUAUGUCUGUUUUUGUGCCAGUACCAUGCUGUCUUGAUGAUCACAGCUUUGUAAUAAAGCAUGAAAGACUUAA